ACCAUCAUCAAAUCCCACAACCACCUCACCCGCUCAACAUGCGUCAGUUCUCCGUAGUUCUUUGCCUGUGCCUCGCCGUUUUGGCCAGAGCCGAUAAACUCGGCUACAAUUACCAACCGGUGGCCCACUCUCCCUCCGGAUUGAGCUUCCAGCCAUCUGGAUCGGCCAGUAGCGAUGCACCCGCUUUCGCGCCUGCACCCAGUGAAUCCUUUGGCCCCGGUCCCUCAUCCAUUGCUGAUGCCCUGGAAGGAUCUCAAUCCGCUGCUGCCCCCAACUACGCUGCUCCUCAGGCCCAACUCGAAAAGGAGUUCUUCACUUACACCGCCGACGAGGGUGACUUCUACGACCCAGCUGCCUCCGACCGUGUUGCCAACGCCGUGAACAAGGGACUCCGCGUGGUCUUCAUCAAGGGACCCGAGAACCGCGGUCUGGAGGAUGCCGCUCUGGCUCUGGCCAAGCAGGCUGCCCAGCAGGAGACCGCCAUCUAUGUCCUGAACAAGCAGGCUGACAUUGGAGAUCUGGCCAACAAGCUGAACUCCAUCCGCAACAACAACAACAACAAGCCCGAGGUGCACUUCGUCAAGUACCGCACUCCCGAGGAUGCUGCCAACGCCCAGAGUGCAAUUCAGGGUCAGUACGAUCAGUUGGGAGGAUCUUCGCAAGCUCAAGAUGGUGGAGUGGCAUCCACCCUGAACUUCGCUUCCCAGCCCGCUCCUGUUCAGGCUGCCAGCAGCCAAGCGCCCGCCCAGUUCCUGCCCGCCUCCCAGCCCGAGGCUACUGCACCCAUCUCCUCGUAUGUGCCACCUGCCACCCCAGGUAGCUCCUACUUGCCCGCCAACAUCCUGCGCCGCCUGCGUUUCUAAGUUCCUGGCAUUUCCUUUGUUAUUGUUGAGAUUAUAAUACGAAAU